AUGGCUUGUCAUCUGACUGCUCCAGCUGUUCUGACAGUGCCUGUGUUUGAGAAUCUUCAAGUGAUUCCUGGCCUGGUGUCUCCUGAGGCUGACAUUCCACAGGUUCAGCUGGAGAGCUUCUUUGGAGUCAGUGUCAAUGUUUUCAUCUCCUUCGUUUUCCCAAUGGCUGUUAUCUCCGUCCUGAACACCAUCAUAGCCAACCAACUUAUCAUCAUGUUCAAGCAAGCAGCACAAGAAAACCAAGUGUGCACAAUUGGAGGACAGCAAACCAUGCUUAGCAUGUCCAUGGAACCUGGACGUGUUCAAACCCUGAAGCAUGGAGUUCGGGUUUUGCGUGCCGUUGUGAUUGCCUUUGUGGUGUGCUGGCUUCCAUACCAUGUGCGGAGACUUAUGUAUUGCUAUGUGUCAGGAAAUCAGUGGUCAAACUUCCUUUUUGACUUCUAUCACUAUUUCUACAUGCUGACAAACAUCCUCUUCUAUGUUAGUUCAGCUAUUAACCCAGUCCUAUAUAACUUGGUCUCCACCAACUUCCGCCAGAUCUUCCUUUCAACCCUCAUUUCCAUGUGCCUGCCAUGGAGGAAGAAGAAGAAACGAACCAAGUUCAACAGAAAAUCCAACAGCAUCUCUAGUAACCAUACUUUUUCUAGCCAGGUCACCAGAGAAACUACAUAUUGA